AUGGGAGAAGAGCUCUCCAGCAAAAUCGAACCUGAGUUACACUCUGUUGUUCAGGACUCUGUUCCGGAAGAGCAUAAUCCUCCUCUUCAGGAAAAAGAAUCACAUAAACCUCACCCUCCAAGCCAGAACGUCACUACUACUUCUCCACCUGUUCAAAAGGUUGAAGACCAUGCUGCUGAAAAAGAUACAGAGGAUUUAAUCAGCAGAGAUGCUAUGCUUGCAAGAGUUUUAACAGAGAAAAGAUUGGCUUUGAUUAAAGCAUGGGAGGAAAGUGAAAAGACAAAAGCAGAGAACAGGCAAAAGCACUCUGCUGUUGAGUUGUGGGAGGAUACGAAGAAAGCAUCAGUAGAAGCAGAACUCAAGAAAAUUGAGGAAAACUUGGAAAGGAAGAAGGCUGAGCAUGUUGAAAAAAUGAAGAAUAAAAUAGCUGAAAUUCAUCGACUAGCGGAAGAGAAAAGGGCAAUUGUUGAGGCUCAGAAAAGGGAAGAAUUCCUCGACCUGGAGGAGACAGCUGCAAAGUUUCGUAGCCGUGGAGUUACGCCAAGGAAAUUCUUUGCAUGCUUCAGCGCCUAA